AUGUCUGCAACAAGGAAGGAACCAUUAGCAAUUGAAGAAUUGAUCGCUAAGAAGAAGGAACUCGAGGAAGCAGAAACAAAGCCGAAAUUUUUGACACGUGUUGAACGUGAAGCUCUUGCUCUGAAGAAACGUGAAGAACAAGUAGCAAAACAACGAGAAACUCUAAAAGCACAGCUUGAGAAACGAAAAGCGUUUAUGCAAGAUGCUAAAAGAACAGAAAAGGAGCGUGAUCGAGAACGUGAAAAAGAACGCAAAGAUCGUGAACGUGAACGUGAUCGUGAACGUGAAAAAGACACAGAUCGUGAAAAGGAUCGGGAUCGAGGACGUAGAAGUCGGAGUCGCGAUCGAGAAGGACGAAGAAGUAGAAGUCGAGAAAGAAGAAGUCGAAGCCGCGAAAGGCGAAGUAGAAGUCGUGAACGACGGAGUCGUAGUCGUGAGAAGCGUCAAGAGAUGGAAAAAAGUGAUCGUAAUGGAGAAAUGAAGGAUGAAAGAGAAACCGAUAAAGAUUUAGAGAAGCUCAAUGAAGCUAUCCGAGGACAGCGAGAGAAACGAAAACGUGGUCGCCGAUUGCAUGAGCGGAAGUUCAUUUUUGAUUGGGAUGCUGGCGAAGAUACAUCAAACGACUACAAUAAAUUAUACCAAAAU